AUGGCAGUAGCUGAACAAAAGGUCGGUGUGCUCAUGCUAUCCAAGGAGACAGUGGAGGAUGAGGGAGACAGCAUUUUUGCAGCUGAGGAACUUCACACCUACCCUCAGAAUGAAGGGCAGCCUCCUCAGUGCUCCUUUGACAGAAAACUCUGUGUGUUUCAGGGAGGCAGAGCCCAGCGCAGACAGAGACAAGCUGAAGAGAGCCUGAGACCUUAUAUUGGCAGAGUUAAACCAGAAAAGCUUUGUGAGCUGCUGAAAUGCCGUAGUCCAGUGGGAUCUUGGUGCCAGGCAGUUCAGGAAAAUGGAAUCCUCAUCCCCAAGUGUGUUUGCCCUCAGUCAUGUCCUCGGCAGAGGGCACCAGUGUGCAGUGCUGUGGGAAAGACCUAUGAGAAUGAGUGUUUGCUUCAUAAAGAUGCCUGCAGAAAGAGACGCCGCACCGGACUCGCUCACACAGGACCGUGUCUGGUCCCCAAGGGUAAAUGCACCAGGGAGGAGUUAGGCCAAUUUCCAUAUCGUCUCAUGGACUGGUUUCUGUUAUUGAGUCGUAUGGGGGAAUCCUAUGCACCUGCUGCCCCACCCCAGAGCUGCUUGAGCCAUGCCCAGAGGACACACCUGGCAGAGAAAAGAUUUACCUUAUUGGACAGGAAUAAAGAUGGCAAGUUGAGCCGCAGGGACCUGAGGAAGCUGCGUUAUAAGAGGAUGCCUCUGGAGCACUGUGCUACACCAUUUUUUCAGUCAUGUGAUCGUAACAGGAACAGGAAGGUGACCCUCAGUGAGUGGACAACAUGUCUGGUGGAUCGUUCUGAAGCCUGGUUCUAUCAAUUCAUGUCAAUGGAAAUGGGUUCCCCGAAGUUGUGUCCUACAAUCAAACAGAACCACCUCUGAAACACUCCUGACAGCUACAUGAUUUUAAAGCUACAGGAUGGCAUCUCUAUACACUGCUACUUAUUGAUUUGACCUCUUGUGACGUGUUAUUUAUGAUGUCAUGAAAUCUGAUGGGCUGCGGGCUGCCCGUGGAUUUUUACUUUUGCUCAAAGGGAACAAUUUAAAGGUCUAGACAGACUGAAUGCUAAUCACAUUAAUUGUUAAUUACAUUUGCUGACAUUUUGUACAACUGUAUUGUAAAGACACGGACACAUAAAAAACAACAAAUUACAUGGAAUGCUUUGAAUAACCAAUUAAAAUGAGGCUAGCACAGACAGACAGCAUGAUAUGCAGAGAAUGCUUAGUGGGGAAAGACGUGACCAGAGAAGAGACAAAGAGUUAAGAAAAGAGUGAAGGGGAGAAACAGCAAAAAGUGUCAUAAUGCAAUGGGGGAGAGUGAAAGCAAAG